AUGGCAUCCCGACCUCCUAUGAUGCCGCCUCAUAAUGAGACGGAGCACUCCGUCAGUCGCAUUACGCGCGAGGGCAAGCAGAUCACCUACAAGUUGAGUGUGAUGCAACAGCCCGAGCGUGCCAGAGCUUGCGGUGCUGGAGCCAAGUCGUCUGCCGAUCGUCGCCCGGUUGACCCUCCGCCCGUCGUCGAGUUGCGAAUCUUCGAAUCGGAUCCCAAUAACGAAGCACAGAAAACCGACAUCACCUUCGCUUACAACGCCAAUUUCUUCCUCUAUGCAACCUUGGAUACUGCGCGCCCUAUCGCUCACGGGCGGGUGGCUGGACCGCCGUCGUGCCCUGUAUUAACAGGUGUACCCGUCGCCGGCGUGGCAUAUCUUGACCGGCCGUCGCAAGCAGGUUACUUCAUCUUCCCAGAUCUGUCUGUGCGCCACGAGGGUCGAUAUCGCUUGAGUUUCCACCUAUACGAAGAGAUCAAGGAUGCCAAGGAUGCCGACAAGAACUCGACUUUGCCCAAUCCCAACCAAAUAACACACCCGACCUCGUCCAAGCCUGGAUCCCCGCAGGCAUUCCUUCACUUCCGUCUCGAGGUGAAAUCCGUGCCCUUCACCGUAUACAGCGCGAAGAAGUUCCCCGGUCUGGCCACGAGCACUUCCCUGAGUCGCAUCAUCGCCGAGCAGGGUUGCCGUGUUCGCAUUCGUCGCGAUGUUCGGAUGAGACGUCGGGGCGAGAAGCGUGAGGAGGAUUACGACUACGACGAGGAGAGAGCGGCUGUGUACGCACGUUCCGAUCGGUACUCAACACCAGAUCGCUAUGCGGCAGCCACAGUGGAGCGCCCCCGUUCGAAUAGCAAUGGAAGCACGAUGCAGUCACCAUAUGGGUUCCCACCCGAGAUUCAAAGGCGGCCUUCUGCACCAGACUACGGAUUCCAGUGCCCACCACAGCCCUACGAACGGUCGAUGCCACCUGCCCCUAUGGCGCACGCUCAAACGCCCUCCUAUCAAUCCCACCUGUCUUUUGGCUCAACACCUGCUCAUUACCCUUCCGCCCACAUGCCCCCCACACCACCACCGGUUGCACCGCCCGGCAUGUACUCGCCUCAUACCACCUAUGCCAACAUUCGACACCCAUCAGCCGUCUCGGAAUACGAAGGAACACCUGCUGGAUAUCCUAUGGCACCACCGAUGGCAGACCGAGCCGGUGGUUACCCGAAGAAUCCUAUGGCUUCUUAUCGUAUGGAAGCGCCCAAAUUACAAUCAUACAUGGACCCUCGUAUCCCCCCCGAUCCUUCCCCAUAUCAGCAGAUGCCGCCGAGUAUGCUUCCUCGAGCAGAGCCACCAGCGUUACCUCACUCUCUACCGCCCCUCAAGGGUCUCCCCAACGAAUAUGUGCAACCGACUAUCGAGCCAGGGUCUCCGACCGGAUACGAUUCUGUUUCUGGCAAACGGAUGCUGUAUCAAACCGGAACCACCGCCGUUGGCAAGCGAUCCCACGAGGAUUCAUUUGGUCUUGAUGAGCGCUCGAUGCAGAACGGCAUGCGUCCUGAUGUCCCGACGUACAACAGUGCCUACCGCGAUUUCUCUUCCGAGAGCCGUGCUGCCCUGAUGGCCGAGCUUGGUGGUGGCUUUGAAAUGGCAUACAAGCGUGCGAAUGGACGGAUGGUCAUGAAAGUCCCUCCAGGCAAGCAAUAG